AUGGAUGAGAAGAAAAAUAUGCCGAGCACCACAGCCUACCCUCAAUACGGGGCUAGCAACGGACCUACCGGCCCUCCCCCAAUUCUUAACACACAUCAGAGCUCGUUUCCACCAGCAACAAAAAUGGCCCCUAGCGAAGAAGAACCGGAUCCAAAUGAUAUCUACGCGCUUACUCCACACAUCGAGAUUGCAUUUGAAGAUACCUUCACUGAAUCAGAAACAGCAAGAGGAUUCGAUUUCAUGAAAGAUGUCAACAGCUCCAUUUACAAAUACACUCACUUCGCGGUGUAUGCCACCCUGUCUCUGAUCGUGGCUCCAUUCAUGACGUUCCUCUGGGGCUUCGUCUUCGCUGUCUCUCACCUUUUCAUCGUCUGGUUCGUCCAGCCAGCCAUCAAGAACACCUUCCUCUGGUUCCGUAUCUGCAGUAUGUUGGUCUCGGCCUCGGUUCGACUCUUCUUCGACCCAUGUUUCCGGUCGGCCUCCUUGGUCCUCUCCGGAAUCAAGGGCCGGUUUCAGAUGGAAGACUCCGAGGUCACAUUGAAUCUGAAGUCAAGCCAAAUCCAGAAUGUCUGA